CGUUCACAAGGCUUGUUCCUUAAACUAAGGAUUCCUCCCCCUCCUCCCCCUUUAGUUCAUCAGACGGUUCAUGCCAGUAGAAAAUUUGCAGUAAGCGAAGGGAAACCAUGGCAUCGCUAAGGUUUACACUGUGUGCUGUUUUCUUUGUGGUUCUAAUGGCAGUAGUUGAAGUGAAGUCAGAACCCAUUAUAUGUAAGGUCAACUAUCCGAAGGCAGGGAAAUGUCCCGCCUAUUUGAGCCAAGAAAAUUACCCUGCCGAUACCCUCUCAUACCGUCCCCGCUGCGAAUGCGCCCGCGACAGCGACUGCCCUAGAGGCCUGCUGUGUUGCGUGGGUCAUGGCGGGUCCUCCACCAGUUGCUACCAUCCCGAAGCAUAGGGGCCGGAGUUUCGGUUCGUGAGUUGUGGUUGGCUGGUUUGGGUUGGCGGGUAAGGAGAGAUUUGUAUCUAAUGAAGUAAAGAGUGAAUGUCA